UUGCGGGGGUCUGGCCAUUCAGGGAUAUUUUGCGCCCCUGAAUCGAUAAGUUUUACGGAAUUUUGAACACAUCUUCAUUUCCAUUCCUCAUUGCAAGACAUCCCUCAGUGUCGACACAUUCAGUCAUGAAAACGCGAAUGCAUCUGUUGCUCGCUCUACUCAUCCCAAUCAAUCUCGCGGCUGACCUUCUGAUGCUGCCUGGUCGGACUGACGCGCCUCUUUGUCGACGAGUUCAAAUCGACUUGGCAAAAUUCCUCACAGUGACCAUCGAAUCGUGUGAAGCAGAAUGCAAGGAAAAGUUGAUGUAUACGUACUUUGGAGACAAGCGCUACGCCUCCGCCUUCAAUGCCUUAGUCGCGAAAGCCGUACUGGAUUACAGGUGGUUCCGCUUCACUGAUGUUUGCAUGACUUCGUUCUUCACAUGCAUUUUGAAGAGUGAGGGCAUUGCAGUUGGACCCAAAUGGGUGCUUGGAACUGAAUGUCUUUGCAAAGCAAGUCUUCUCAUUGACAAACUUGAGCCUGCCGAGAAGCCUGGACCGCGCGCUAUCAAGAAGGGCUACAGCUGCGCCUUGAAGGAUGUCAUCUCAAGGUUUGAAACCAAUUCCUGGCAAAUCUACAAUGCAACGGUUCUUGAAGAGCUGUCCUGCGACAUUGAGAAAGACUGUGCGUGCGAUAUGAAAGGGAAGAAGAUCUGCAAGGGAGAUGGUUCAUGGAAUCAGGACUCGGUCGGGCGCUUUGUAGAGGCCUUAUUGAGGCUCUCUCAGUUCUUUCGCGAGUUGUAUCUUUGUGGAAGAAGAGCAGUCACCGGCCAGAUGGCGUCUAGAUCUAGCUGUUGAAUUAACAUUGUCCGUUCCUGAGAGAGCACCUGGGCAAGCAUGAUCCCGAGACGUUUGGGCAAUCAAGUGUGCGAUGCGGCAUGUAGGAAGGCCACUGCAUAUGAAAAAAGGU